AUGAAGGCUUAUUAUCAUCCGGAUUGCAUGUUUGACACAUUGUUACGUAGUCGUGCAACAACAAAGGUUAUCGACUCACCCGAUGAUAUUGAAGUUACAUCACCCGAAAAGCACGCCGCAUCUUCCGGGGAAGCAACCACGUCAUCCAUUUCGAAAGAUGCCCCUCUAAAAGCAAAAAAAGAAAAAGUGAAAAGCAAAUCGAAUGAACCAGCUGCAAAGAAGGCGAAAACUGCCGCUUCGAAGACUUCGACGAGUAAAAAGAAAGGGAAAAAAGGGCAUGUUACAGAAAGUGAUGAUGAAAGCGAUGAACCACCUAGUGAAGAAACGAAAGCAGAAGCAAAGGAUAUCUCGGAAUCCGGCGGAAAAAAGUCAUCCGGUAGGGCGGCAAAACCCACGGCAACAACAGAUACCUCGGAAUCGAGUACAAAGAAAUCCAAUAGGAUUACAAGGGCUAAACCAGUGGAUACUGCAGAAGCUAGCUCGAAGAAAACAUCCGGCAAGGCAAAGAAGGUCGCGGGUAUCGGUGACAGAUUAUGCAAAUUGAUCUUCACAGCCGUAGGUCUCCAAAGAGCGAAAUCGUUGAGACUGUGCAAAAUUGUUACGUUAUUUUUCAAUGACAAAGAUCGCUAUUUUACAGAAGGCUACGAUGGUAAUCUGUAUUUGCUGUUAAAAUUUCUUAUUCCGGUUGCUGAUGAGCGAGUUUAUAACUUGAAAGCAAAGCAGCUGAUGAAAAUUUUCUCAAAUCUAUUCGAUUGGUCUCAUGACGAGCUCACUGAAUCAUACAAUCAAACAGGUGAUGUUUCACAAACACUGUGUGAUUUCUUCGCGAAAACGGAUGAAAAGGCGAAAAAAUCUCAACUCACUAAUCAGAUGGUGGAUGAAUGGCUUGAAAAAUUAUCUGAAUUGACUCGGGAAGAGGAGCAGGAAAUGCAUUUUUCGGAAAUUUGUAAACUGUAA